AUGGAGCUUGCAAGAAUUGCUAGGAAAGAGCAAAUCUAUCAGAGUAAAAUUUUUGUGAGGGGUAUGAUAAGUGCGUUGUCUACACAAAGGGCAUUCCCAGAUGUCCUGUGAAUAGAAACUUCUUUGAGAAAAAAUACAUUACACUUUUCAAUGCAAGGAAACAAAACGAAUGACCGCAUGAGAGCACAUAGGGAGCAAACUCUAAAUGGUAAUCAUUAUUACAAAUCACGCAAAAGGUCCUUGAGAUCUUGGCUUUAA